GUAAAAUUCAUUAUCAGAAGUCCUUGGAUUCUUGAGCGCCUAUUUAAUUAUUCCCAAACCACCUUAGACUUAAAUAAGGAGCUUUUCCAGUGCUCCUGCUCAGAACAAUUCUUCCUUUGUACUUUUAGCCUGCCAGCCAUGGUAUUUUUGAACAAGGAUUACAUGCUCUUUUGAAAAAGGACUAAACUCAUGCUCAAAGGUAGUUUGACAAGUUAAAAAAUGUGGAGGGUGGCAGAAAGUUAAAUGGGGAAUCGCAGAAAGCAAGCAGAGAUGGCAACACGGACUGCGAGCAACCAAGAAGUCCAGUUGACUGGCAGAUGCAGAAAUAGCUCUGGGUAGCCAUGGGGAGCACAUGGGUUAGAACCGACUUUCAGUACUGCACAAAUGUAGUGAUAGUGUCACCGAAGUUGGAAUGAAGGUAAAAUUGUAUAGUUCCCCCAAGGCACAUAAGUAACUAGAAUUCAGUGCAUGAAUAGCCAACUGUAUAAUUAGGGUCCCAGGCUUGUUAACCAAACAGGAGGACGUUCUACCACUUGUACACAAACCCACAGGAUAAAAGUAGUAAAAAAAAUGGAAAAUGCUGGUCAGAAACCGAUGUUUCUACAAAGCAGAAGUCUGCUCUCUCUUACUGUCAAAGUGAAGAUAGGAAGAUAGGUUAGGGAGGAGACAAUUGAAAUUAAAUAUGUGCCAUGGUAGCAUGAUCCAAAAAUCAUGAUUUAUACACUUGCAUCAAAUGUCGCAUGAAGUUUAAUCACAAAUAAUUGUGUGUAUCAUCAUUUUGAUAAAGUCUUGAUUUGCUGCAGACAGCUAUAAUGCUGUGAGGAUGUGCCCUAAUAAAGCAAUAAUUAAAACAUCUACCAUGGUUAGGGUCAAAUGAGGAAGAUCCUAGAGAAGGCUUUUUAAAAUUUAUUUUUCUUUUUAAAAUAACAGAAAAAAUAUCCCCAAAGAAACAAGACACAAAAGUAUAUAUAUUAGAAAAAAAUACAUAACAAGUGCUUAAAACUAAGUGAAAACUUAUUCACUUAUUUUUUGAGCCCUAGAGAAUGCUUAAGACAGUAACUCAUUGUUCAGAAUUCAGUUUAUUCUUUGCUAAUAUAUCUGCUGCAUCAAACAUCAAUCUGAGCUACAAGCACAAAUACUUAAGGCAAGGAAGGAACUUUCCAUAAAAAUGGCCAAAAUAACUUCUACAACUUCAGUAAAACUUUGGGGACAGUCUGUAUUUUAACCUUAUGCAUUUACUCACUGUAAUGGAGUUGCAGACGAGGUUAAAAAGUUUUAGAUUUCUGUACCCAAAAAAACAACCUAAUCUUUUUUCCUUUAUAAGCUAUACUUACAUUAAUAUUGGGAAUUGAAGUCCACACAUCUUAAAAGUUCAGAAGCACUGGUGUAGAUCAAUUGCUGAGUUGUAUUGCAAGUUCUAAAGAUUUUUAAAACACGGCUGGUCUAUUCUAAAACACACUUAUCUGAGUGUGCCAGAACAAUAUAAUUGCAUAUCUAUAUAGCAGUGAAGUCCAGGAAGUUCAGUGGAACUUCUCUGCAACUACAUUUGUGUAAGACCGAAAGAAAUAAUAUCCCAUUCCCAUCCAUUUGUUCAUUCUGACUAUGCUAGGGGUAGGCAACCUUGGCUCUUUUAUGACUGGCUCAGGAAUUCUGGGAGUUUGAAGUCCACGAGUCAUAAAAGAGUCAAGAUUGCCUACCCCUGGAUCAAGUUCAGCAAAAAAUAGUAGCGUUUCCUAUCCUGAAACUACAAUAUUGUCAGUGUUUUUAAUAUAUGAUUACAAUUAUAGAUCAACAAAGAAGAAGUCAAAGAAAAAGAAAGAUAUAAAGGUCGGACUCCGAUUCGCCAAAUUACCAAACCCGAAGAACGCGAGAGGAGGAGUCAGAGUACAACGCGGAAGAAGCAAGACCAGGCUCGUCGCCGACCUAGGGCAGCGAAAACUCGAUCGGCAGCUCAGUCUUGUUUUGCUUGGUACAGAAAUUCAGAGGGGUAAAUUUAGCCUGAGAGUCGCGGUGGUAAGGGGCGUGCCCUUCCUAACGACCAGGAUGUUACGGAUCUGCUUGAGUCACUGCCCGCGAAGGACUUCCAUUGUGAAUUGCGGCGGUUGGUGGAGCCGGCGGGACCAGCGAGCCCGCUUUUCCGUCUCGGCUUGUCUCAUGGAGCCUCGCCUCAGCUUUUCUCCCCCCGACCACAGCCUCUUCGAUCAGCCGCUGGCUAUCUCGGUGGAAGGGCUCCGGCCCGAGCAGGAGGUCGGCCUCCGCGCGUCGCUGGAAGAUGAGAGGGGCGAGCGCUUCGAGUCGCGCGCCUUCUACCGAGCAGACGGCGAGGGCCGCCUGGAUCUGCAGCGCUCGCCGGCGCUCGAGGGCGGGACCUUCUCCGGUUUGGAGCCGAUGGGGCUGCUGUGGGCGCUGCAGCCGCUAAAGCCCCUCCGGCGCCUGGUGAAGCGCGACGUCGAGCGGCCCUUUCGCCUGGAGCUGGAGGUGCUGGAAAGGCAGGGAGAGUCUCUGUCGGGUAGCGUCUUGGCCAAGGGCUCCCACGAUCGGAGAUUCCUGGGCGACGGGGUGAAGAGAAUCCCGGUACGGGAAGGGAGCAUCCGGGCCACUCUGUUCCAGCCUCCCGGUAAAGGCCCUUUUCCAGGUAUCAUUCAUAUACCUGGAACUGGAGGAGGGAUUCCAGAAAGUUCAGCAUGUCUGAUGGCCAAUCAUGGCUUUGCCAUAUUAGCUUUGGCCUAUUAUGGGUAUGAAGAUCUUCCUAAGGACAUGAAGGAAUUUCAUCUGGAGUACUUUGAAGAAGCUGUCAAUUAUAUGCUGAAACACCCAGUGGUUAAAGGUCCAGGAAUUGGGCUGUUGGGACACUCCAAAGGGGGUGACCUCUGUAUUUCCAUGGCCUCAUUUUUAAAAGGCAUCACUGCAAUAGUCACAGUUAAUGGUUCUAUAGCCAAUGUAGGUGCAACACUACGCUACAAGAAUAUCACCAUUCCACCUCUUGGCAUUAAUGCAAGUCGAAUCAAAAUUGAUCAGAAUGGGAUCUUUGACAUUAUUGAUGUCCUGAAUAACCCACUUGAAGGUCCCGACCGCCAAAGCUUAAUUCCAUUGGAGAAAGCUGAGGGAUGCUUUCUUUUUAUUGUGGGCAUGGACGAUCAUAACUGGAAGAGUGAAUUUUUUGCCAAGGAAGCUGCCAAUUGUUUACAAGCUCAUGGAAAAGACAAGCCUAGGAUCAUUUGCUAUCCUGAAACAGGUCAUUACAUUGAACCUCCUUAUACACCACUGUGUCCUGCUUCAGUCCACUUUUUGGUGGGCAAAACAGUGGUCUGGGGAGGGGAACCCAGAGCACACGCAGCAGCGCAGGUGGAUGCUUGGAAGCAGAUUCAAAACUUCUUUCACGAAACCCUCAACAGCAGCCAGAACAAAUUGUAAAUGUAUUAUGAGCUGUGAUUCAGCACGUAUGUUUGCUAAGCUAAAUACUGGGGAUGGGAGAAUAAAGCUGGGAAUGGAUAUGAAAUGGGGGCAAGAAGAAGCAAACUCCUAGGUAAUGAAGCCCAUUUGAACAUUUUUUAUCUAGCCUUCAAAUAUUGUUUCUGCAUUCUGUAUUAAAGUUCUGAAGAUUGGGAUCUGCAUAAGGUGGUAGCACCAGAUGGUGGCCACAACAGUGUGAUUUUGAUUUAUUGGUUUAUUUAAAUCUAUACAGCCACCCCUUACUACAGUGACCCUGGGUUGUGGGCAAAGUUUAUAUGGAAAGCCUCAUAGAAAACCUUAAGACAUAUAGUGUGAAAUAUAUAGUUCAAGACAAACACCAGAGGAAAGUCCUGGGAUCCAUGGUGGGGGUUGGGGUUGGGGGGGGGAGAGACCAUGUACACAAAUCAAGUUCAAAGCCCCAGCCACCUGCAGACCAAUUUAGAAACUCCUUUUUUCAACUGCACUAAAUUCUUCUUACCUUGCUUUUAAAUUGUAAUUGUUAUCAAGUUUCAUUGCAUUUGUUAAAAUAAGAUAGCAUACAUGCUGCUGCUAACUUAAAAUGAGUUUAGAAGUUCAAGAAAUUUAAGUAUUUGCAGAUCCAAAUAUGUGAGAUUCAGCACGCAUACGUUUUUUCCCGCUGACGGUGAAAUGUUUCAAGUGAAAUAAAUUACUAACACUUGC